UUGCAUUUUUCUCGCUACUGGAAAGAGAUAGAGCUUAUUUGUAUUUCUUUUUAUUUUCUACAAUAAUGCCGAAGACACUUAUUUGUCUCUUUUUUGCUCUAACUAUGGAUAAAGAGUUCAUAAGUUGUUCUUUUGUUCUAUGAGUGUCAUUUGAAUCUCGGAUAUUUUGAAAUAAAAAAAAAUAUGUCUAUUUUAUUACCCAUUGGUAAUAUCAAAAGUAAGUUAAUGACUCUAAAUUACGGUCAUUUUGGCUACUUUAUGAGUAUUCACCAAAAAUCCAAUAUUGAAUAGAAAUUUAUUCUCAUCCAGACAAAUAUUGAAAGUGUAUCAUUGGAUCAUAAGUGGAAUUCUAGUGGAUAAUUCAUUUCAAAUUAUCCACCUCCUUGAUUGUCUUCUUGAUUAUAUUGGUUAUUAUCCAAUUCAGUUUUCAGUAUUAGUUAUUCUUUAGACCGAUUCAUCUGUCUCUACUUUGGGUAUAUUAACAUGUGUUCCAUUUCCUCAGUUAUUUGGUUUGUUAUUGUUUCGUGAUUUGACAAAACAACACUUCGCGCCGAAGAAAAGUGUCAAAUGAAUGACAGCUGUCAUUUUCAUUUUAUUUUCAAUGCCGAAAUGCUAAUUGACGGUCGACUGUUGUUUAGAAACAAAAAAUGAUACAAAAAUAAGUUGGAAAAAUUAUUCAACGAAGUAAAAAUUGCAAAUAGAAAAGAAAAAUACCAAAAAUAAUGAAUAGAAACGAUAAAUUUUCAAAAGUGAUAAAGUAAUUUUGUAUUAAUAUAAAAACUAAAUUGUUUCUUGAAUAAAAAUUGGUACAAAACUGGUGUGACAAAAUUCAUCAUUGACGAAUUUCGGGUAUUUUCUUAACGUAACAAAGUAUAGAAUAAAAAUAUUUAGCUUACAAAAAUGGCCAAACUGUGCUACAUCUGCAAUAAGAGGAUGAAUGUUUGGCUUCAAAAUCUAUCCGUAUUACGGUUGAAACACUCGAUGACAACGAUAAGUAGCCUUUUAAAAAGGUUUCUUCGUGACGUUCAACAUCGACGAAAUGUUGACGACAGCUCGAAUAGCAUUUGUGUCGAGUGCUUCGAUGCUUUUAACGAAUAUGAUCGAAUCAACAUAACGGCCAGGAGGAAAGAACAGGAGUUGCGAAUUUUAUUCUUGACGACGGAAUUCUUAUUUGUUAACAGCAAUGGAAAAGAGAGAAAAGAGAGAACGCAUUUGCAUGGAAUUCAUUCUUUGGUUAAAGUGCCGGAUGAUGAGUUACCAGAUGAAGAAAUACAACAUGAGAAGACAGAAGAUGAGGAGACACAAAAUGAGGAAAUACAAGAAGAAGAGACACAAGAAGAAGGGACUUACAAUAUUGUGAUUGUGAAUGAAGACGACUCAAGUGUGAGCGACUUAGAAAUUGGAAACACCAUAAAAGUAGAAUACGACGCCGUAGAAAAUGGUGAAUUGGAAAAUGAUUCAGAGAGUGAACCAUUGGAAAAUCAGUCUAUUUUUAUGGAAGACACAGGAGCAGCUCCAAAUGUAUCAAAAAUUGCAUCAUCCAAAUUGGUUGAAAUAGUAAAAGAAAUUGAAGGGAUGAGACAACGGAAGGCAAAACCGGUGAAUUCCAUGUCACGGCUUCCCAGAAAAUAUGAAGUAAAGCUCGAAUGUGAUAUCUGUAAAGAUGGUAUUUAUCGAAAAGCCGUAAAUUUGAAGUAUCACAAAUUAAAACAUAAUAAAUGGUGUCAUUCUUGUGACAUAACGUUUGGCCGGAUCUCCAAGUUUAAGAGUCAUCUCAAGUGGCACGAACGCUAUCCUGAAUUUACUUGCCAUGUUUGUCAUCAUAAAAAUAAGGACAAGGAGUCAUUCAAGAAACAUGCAGAGCUGCACAAAAAUGCUGCGUCAAACAGCCAAUGUGUAAUUUGUGAGAAAGUUUAUAAAAACAACCGAAUGUUAAAAUUUCAUAUGAAAGUUCACGCAGAGCGGAUUUUUUUGUGCGAUUUAUGUGGGAAGAAAUUCCAGAGAGAAGAAAUUUUAAAAGAUCACCGUAAGAUACACUUCGAUAGUCGUCCGGAAAAAUGCAAAUAUUGUCCAAAAGCAUUUAAGACGUUAAACCUUUUGAAAGUACACACUCGAAUCCACACGCAGACAGUUCGACCAUAUGCUUGUUCAGUGUGUGACAUGAAGUUUAAGCUCAAAGAUCAUAUGCAGAGACACGAAAGACGGCACACUGAAGAUACAAAAACGAUUAAGUGCAUGCUGUGUAAAUCGGCGUUCGAGCACAAAUUUUAUCUAAAGCAACAUAUGCAACGGAAGCAUGGCGUUGAAAUUCCUCAUGGAAGCUUAGAGCCAAUACUGGAUCCAGCUAAAUGAAUUUUACUGUGUGCUUGAUUGCAUUGUUUAUAUGCCGAAGUGGUGUUCUUUAAUUUAUGGCCAUGGCCAGUUUUGGUAUACUUUCAAUAAAAUUGUAGAAUCAAUCAAAGAAAUUGUAUUGAGAGAUUGUGUUUCAAUUGAAAAUAAACAUCAUUCUGUGCCAAUAUUGAAUAAAAAUGCAUUUGGAACAAGAUAAAAAA